GAAUACUGCAAUAAACAGAGGCCCCCAACCCUUGAAAUCAAUUUCCGAAAUUGAAAUCUUGAAUACUUGUAGUAUCAGAUAACGUUAAGAAAUGGCGAUGUCUCCGAGUGCAGCUCUGGCAGCUCAAUUCCCCUCUUCGUCGUCUUUCUCUUCUUGCAAGAUACUUCAGAAUGCAAAUCUUGUUGGAACCCCGAAUUUAUCAUGGCAAGGAAAUCGAAUUGGGAGUGUUAGAAGAUCUCUUCGUGUGCAUGCAUUAUUUGGUGGAAAGAAAGAUGGCAAUGAUAAGAGUGAUGAUGGUUCUUCAAAGGCAGGAAUAUUAGGAAACAUGCAAAAUUUAUAUGAGACUGUAAAAAAGGCGCAGAUGGUUGUCCAAGUUGAGGCUGUACGAGUGCAAAAAGAACUCGCUGCAGCUGAAUUUGAUGGUUAUUGUGAAGAUGAGCUAAUAAAGGCAACACUCUCUGGGAAUCAACAACCUGUGCGCAUUGAGAUAACUGAGGCUGCUAUGGAGUUGGGAGCUGAAAGACUCUCUCUUCUGGUGACAGAGGCCUACAAGGACGCACACAAGAAAAGUGUUGAGGCCAUGAAAGAAAGAAUGAGCAAUCUCAAGUGAUUGCUGAUGAUCAACUGAGGUGGCUUCAAUUUUGUAUACGAUCUUUUGAUUCGAUUAGUCAUAUAUUCGGAUUCUAACCGUUUUAAGGUUUUAACUUGUACCUUCAACAUAAGAAAAAAAUGUAUUAUUGUUUUUCAGUAGUGAUGUUUCUCCUAAACUAGUCUUUGGUUAAAAGAGAAGAAAGAACAAGGAGAAAAGAAAUGCAUAACAUCAUCUGCCUUUCUUUGAACUAUUGAUGCCAUUUGUGAUUAUACUUCUCAAGAGUUUGUUUGGCAUCAAUCGUGCAACUUUUUUUAAGCUUUACAAGUUUUUUCUGUACA